UUAUGUAAAUGUGCAGUAAGGAGGCGUGACACUGACGCGAUCAUUCUCAUACUGUCAGCUCCUGUUCUUCAAACUGUCGGUGGUUAUUGUGAGGGACACGGAUCAUCUGAAGACGGAAAGAUAACGAAAGACCUAUACAACUAUGGCUCUACAAAAUGUAACAUUGGCAAAUCAUAAUGAAACACAGUGCCCCUCAAUUGAUGAUUUCCGUAACCAAGUCUAUUCCACGGUGUAUUCAAUCAUCACCGUCUUUGGGUUGAUGGGUAACGGCUUUGCACUCUAUGUGCUACUUCGUACCUACCGGCAGACCUCAGCCUUUCACAUCUACAUGCUCAACUUGGCAGUGUCAGACUUGCUUUGUGUCAGUACGCUACCUCUACGUGUAAUUUAUUACGUCAACAAAGGCCAGUGGAACAUGGGUGACUUUCUUUGUCGAUUCAGUUCCUACGCAUUGUACAUGAACCUCUACUGCAGUAUCUUCUUCAUGAUGGCAAUGAGUUUUACCCGUUUCUUGGCCAUUGUGUUUCCAGUGCAAAACCUGAGGUUAGCCACAGAGAAAAAUGCCUGGAUAGUUUGCAUGUGCAUUUGGGUGUUCAUUUGCACCACCAGUUCACCCUUUCUCCUCUCUGGACAGCAUUUUGAUGAAAAAACUAACAAAACCAAGUGUUUUGAACCACCAGAAAAUAAUAAAAACCUGACCAAACUGAUUUUGCUGAACUAUUUUUCCCUGGCGGUGGGUUUCAUUGUUCCCUUCUUAGUUAUAUUGCUGUGUUAUGUCGGCAUCUUGCGCACUCUACUCAGAAACAACACUGUUGUGAACAGGCAGCGUUACACGCGCAACAAGGCCAUUCGAAUGAUUCUCGUGGUGAUGCUGGCUUUCCUGGUCAGUUUUAUGCCCUAUCACAUUCAACGGACACGGCAUCUUAAUUUCACAAGUCGUAAAGACACUACCUGUGAGGAGAAAAUUUAUAUGCAGAAGUCUGUGGUUAUCACUCUCUGCCUGGCUGCUGCCAACUCGUGCUUUGACCCAAUGCUUUAUUUUUUCUCUGGAGAAAAUUUUCGAGUCCGCCUCUCCACCUUUCGCAGGGCUUCUGGUAAUAUCAGUAGCACCCACCAGAAUCGGCAUCGUCUUCAAAGCUCCCCACCUGUGGAGGAAAGUGAACUUCAGGUGUGUAAUGGCUCAACUUGGAAGAAUUAAAAUGAUGUUUAUCUGACACACACAAUCUUAAUAUGUACAUAAUAAUCUGUCAGAAUGUAAGUUACAUAAUCUACUUGCAUAUAUUGAGUUAUGCAAAAAGUAUUGCAUUUAUCUUGCUAUAGAUAUACAGGGAUAGAAGAUAUAACUGGGAUACCUUGUGUAUUUACUUAGAAUAACGUCUGUAUUUAUGUAUUUGGCAGACACUUUUAUACAAACCGAGUACAUUCAUAGCCUACUAUACAUUUUGUUCUGUAUGCUUCCUGGGAAACCUUAAGCUGCUUAAAAAAACUGCAGCUUUUUAUGUUUAAUCAAAUCGGCAUGUCUAUUUUUAAUUUUUGACUAGUGAUGUGAUGUGGUAUUGUAAAAAAACAGACUGAAAUUGCUAGUUAAUUUGAUAAGUAAUUUAAAAACAUGUGAAGAACAGUACUUCAUUACUAAACAGUAUAUUGGUAUAUUGGUAGUACUGUGGGAUAUAUUGAUGUAAAUCAUACCUGUCAACAUUGGGAUUUGAAAAUAAAGUAAAUUUCCCGAACCCUAAAACCCCUCCCCAAUCAUAACUUUGCAAGGGAAUGUAUGGGUACACUGACUUUCUUACUUAGUCAUUUAGUCCAAAUAUCUAAAAAUUCUUAAAUCAAGAUUUUUUCUUUAUGAGCAAAUGACCUAUGAAACUAAGUCUAGUUUUUGGGCAAAACAUAUACAAUUUAAUUGGGCGUGUGCUUAAAACAAGCAAAAAUAUCUGCCAGUGGGUUGAGAAUUUAUUUCUUGAAUUAAGUGUUUAAGAAAAAAGUAUACUUAUUUAAAGUUUUUUUUCUUACCUAAUUGGCAGAUUUUUUUGCUUGUUUUAAGCACACAUUCACUUAAAUUGUAUAUUUUUGUCUAAAAACUAGAUGUAAUUUUACUUAUCAAGAUAAAGCAUCUUAAUUAAUUUCCUACUGAAAACAAGAAAACUACUAAGAUUAAUGAUUAAAAUGACCUUAGAAUAUGAAUCUAGAUUUUAGACAAAAAAUAUCAAAUUUAAGUGUAUUUGUGCUUAAAACAAGCAACAAAAAAGUUUUUUGUGUAUCCGCUAUUUUAAUAAAAAAAUGCGACGUAAAUCUUGAUAUAUUUUUUCUGCAUUUGCACGUUUAAAAGGUGUAAAUGCCGUAAGUGCAGUACAACGCCAACUGAGGCAGAAAAUGUUUGCUAUUGUUCGUGUUGUUUACAUUACAUGCACGUAUGCGCCGACUGCAAACAAAACACGUGAGAUUUUGAUUUACUUACGCCUGUAGUUGUGACUCCUAAACAGUGUCUUUUAAAGUUCAUCAGUUAGAAACAAGUGGCAAAUACAGCGUCAAACUGAGCCUUGUUUGUAAAGCAAUCUUCUGCGAAAUGCAGCCAAGGAACAAACAUAAACUCAUUCGCAAUU